AUCGCAUAGAGAUCUACCACUAUGAUUUGUAUUGGACUGUUUCUACUGUGGAGUUGUGCGACAGCAACGCCAAGAGGACAUGGAAAGCUUGACAAAUUCCUUCUCUGUGGUGAAAAAUUUAGUGUCAUCACCAUGGCAAAGGCAGCAUUCUUGGGUUCAAGGCUUUUCGAAGCUUGUGCCAAGGGAGUCUUCACCGAGUACCAGGUGCCGUCUUCGGUGAUGCAAAAGGGAAUCACAAGCACAUGUUUCGCAAUCCGUGCAUGCUACGAAAGACAUCAGAGCCUACAGUCUGAGGACGUGGAGAAGUUCAAGAACGAAAUUGCGAACUGCGUACCAAAAGUACUCUUCUCUGUUGGGAACUUGAACGAGAAAUAUUACACUUGUGGGAUUGGAACUUACCGCAACCUCAUAUUCACAAUCCAAGUGUUCAAGAUUCCCCAACUGGAUCUGGGACUACCUGGAUGUACUGUUGCUCUUCCCAUCGCCAUCUGAGGGUAUUAACAUAUUCAGAAGGCGUUGCUUUCAAGAGAACAGCCUCAUUCCGGACACACAAGAAGUGGCGCUGGGAAUGAUUAGAUGGUACCGUUCCACAUUCUUCCGCUAAUCAGUCCUACCCUUCUCUCCGCAAAUAAAAUAUUUUCUCGCUGA